AAUUUGCUGAGGAUAGUUAUGAAUCUGUUAUAACAAACUUGGAUUCAUUAAUUAAAUGUAUUGAUCGAUCUACUAUCCAGGAGGUUUGGCACCCUCAAGGUGAAACUGCAAUUACUAUUGCUAGUAAAAAGGAUGGUAAAACUGUUAAACAGAAUCUAACUCGUUGGGCAAAAUAUAACCAAGGCUUUGGCUAUGCAAAAAAAGUCGUUGAGUUGGCUCUUGAAACUGGUUAUGAAAAUAAAUUAAAUAAACUCCUACAAGAUUGGAUUAAGGAGACAGAAAGAAAGAUUCAUUACAAUUUAAAUGAGCCUGACAAGGAGAAUUUGCCAAAUAUAAGCAAUCCUUAUUUAACUCAUACAAAAGAUGUACCUAAAAAACGUAUUAAAAGUGCAUUUGAAAACUCCAUUUCUAAAUAUCAAGGUAAAAGUGGAACUUAUACUGCUACUAAAAAUUUGCAAGAUUCGAAUUAUAG